AUGUCCGCUUCUGCUGGAUGCUCCCCGGCGGGCCACAACGCGGCCCUCGGCCCCGGUAUGUCAAUGUUUCGCUGGCUAGAAGUGCUCGAAAAGGAGUUUGACAAAGCCUUCGUGGACGUGGAUCUGCUGCUUGGAGAAAUAGACCCUGACCAAGUGGACAUUACGUACGAGGGUCGGCAGAAAAUGACCAGCCUUAGCUCUUGUUUUGCUCAGCUGUGCCACAAAUCUCAGACUGUUUUCCAACUUAACCACAAAUUAGAGGCCCAGCUGUUGGAUCUUCGCUCUGAGCUAACUGAAGCCAAGGCAGAGCGGGCCGUUGUUGAAAGAGAAGUCCAUGACCAGUUACUGCAGCUUCACGCGCUCCAGCUGCAGCUCCACGACAAGCAAGGGCAAGCUCCAGACUCCGACUCCAUCAAAGACAGACUUCCAGCACCAACACUGGAACAGAUGCAACAAGAGCUGGAGGCCAGCAAGAAGGGGAAAUUGGCAGAGGCAAGACUUGAGGCUGACGUGAGACUUUAUAAGAAAGAAAAUGAAGCUCUUCGUCGACACAUGGCGGUUCUACAGGCUGAGGUGUACGGUGCUCGACUGGCUGCAAAAUAUUUGGACAAAGAACUUGCUGGCCGAGUGCAGCAAAUUCAGUUACUGGGCCGUGACAUGAAAGGGCCGGCACACGACAAGCUGUGGAACCAACUUGAAGCAGAGAUACACCUUCACCGCCACAAGACCGUUAUCAGGGCAUGCAAGGGGCGCAAUGAUCCGAAGAAACCGCUUCCCUCCCCUGUUGGGCAUGAUCCAGACUUGCUGAAGAAAACCCAGGGAGUAGGACCUAUCAGGAAGGUUUCACUCAUCAAAGAAGACCAUGAGGGUCUUGGUAUCUCCAUCACGGGAGGAAAGGAGCACGGUGUUCCAAUUCUCAUCUCCGAGAUCCACCCGAGCCAGCCUGCGGACCGGUGCGGUGGCUUGCAUGUCGGUGACGCCAUCUUGGCUGUCAACAGCAUCAAUCUGCGGGAUGCCAAACACAAGGAGGCUGUCACCAUUCUCUCGCAACAAUCAGGACAGAUCGAGUUUGAAGUCGUCUACGUGGCUCCCGAGGUGGACAGCGACGAUGAGAAUGUGGAGUAUGAAGACGACAACGGGCAUCGCUACAGACUCUACCUGGAUGAACUGGAGGAGAAUGGUACAGCGCCACCUAGUGGUAACUCGACAGCAGCGUCAAUAAUGGGUGUGGAGAAUAUGUCGCUGAACAACGGGACAGCAAACGGAGACACCAGACUGGCCAACGAAACCCCGUCAGAGGAAACUCCCUCCAACCCUCUCAGCUCCUCUUAA